AUGUACUUCGACCUGGUACCAAAAUAUAACAUCGAGAAGUUAUCGUCACCGCCUCAAAGCGUCGAUCCAGAGCAACGUGAGCGGAUUCGGCAGCUUCUUGCACAAACUACCCACGGUGCCGAUGCACAAGACAAUGUGGAAUUUCAAAGGGAGGUAUAA